GUGGUCUUAGUUUGCCUGUCUUUUUAUUUAGCAUGCUUGUCCUUGUUUUAUUUAUUGGGGAACUAUUUGAGUGUUAAUUUUAUUAGUUUGUUUUCACUGUUUGGCUAAAGAGUGAGUCAAAUGAAAUAUAUAAUUAAAUCGAAAUGUGAAACACUUUUUUGUUUUUUUUUCCCACUACUUGUGAAAUAGCUGCAGAUUUCCCAGUGUGGCCGCCGUCGUCCUGCCCUGCUCGUUCUCGUGACCCGUGCGCCUCUCGUUUCUGCGUUCUAUCCGCAGCCCAGCGGAGCGGCAGGACCAUGGUGGUGCCGUGCGACACUGAGUACCCGGCCUUUGUCUCCGAGCGCACGAUCAAGGAGACCACUGGGAACAUCGACUGCGAGGGAUGCUUGAAGUCGUUUGUAAUUCAGCAAAUCCCAAGCAGCAACCUAUUCAUGGUGGUGGUGGAUAACAAGUGCGAAUGCAACUCUGCCAAGCCUAUCACCAUGGAGCCCAUUGAAAUCAUAUAUAACGAAUCUCUUAAAUGCGAGCGGCUGAAAUUUCAGAAAGAGCGGCGACGCCCCGACUCCUGCCACCCUUUCCACCCCGAGGAGAACGCCAUGGAAUGUGGUGGGGCUCUGGGCCUCCUCCCCCUGCCUGGUGCCACCCUGCUCCUGCUGGCCUUGGCCCUGCUCGCAAGGUGACCCGGAUGGAGCCCUUGCCCUCCGCCCCGGCGUGGCACACUCAUCUGAUACAGACAAGGGAGCCCGGCGGACUGAGAUUCUGGCACAACAUAACUGAGUUUAACUUCUGUUGAAAACAUGGACAUUUCAUGGGCAUUCAUACGUUUAAACUGUGGCUGGAAUUAUAUUGCUGUUUUUGAAGAGUUUUAAACUUAAAAGAACACACACAAAAAUGAGUUCAAAUGACUUUUAUUUAUCAUUUGCAAGUGAUAAUACCAUAAACUGUGAUGUGAAGAUGAGAAUAGUUUGCAGACAAGAGUGGUAAAUUAUUUUGAGCUUUGCCUUACAUCAAACGAUCUGGUCUUGUUUGUGUAUUUUUAAUACAGUUUCUUUAAAGUUAUGGGGUGUCAGGGAAUGUUUUGUGUUAAGUAACUAACUCAUUUUUUAUAACUAUUAAGUUUCUAUCUCUAAGAGGCCUGGCCAUUGAUUUUAUAUUGCAAAAGGCCAUUGAUCUAAGAUGAGAGCGUUUCAUUUAUACCAAAAGAAUGCAUCAGAAUAGUAUUGUUUAAUUAAUUUUCAUCUGAAGCCUCUUAACACUUAAAAUAAAACUGCCCAGAUUCCAAGGACAGACAUUAUAUGGCUGCCUGAAACACUCUUUUGUUAGCGAAAGACGUUAAAUAAUUGCAGAGAUACAGAUAUAUUGACGUUCAGACAAAUCUACAAAUGAAGGCAAAAUAUGAUCCUCUGAACAUUGUAAAUUCCUGUUCAUUUCUUUGAGGGACCAUUCAGUUUUGGGCGGGUGUCUGAUAAUCUGGAUGGAUGGGUAAAGAAUGGGGUGGAAACCUUCCUUGUGGUGCUGGUUAGUUUGUCCUUUCAUGUUUGUGAGAGCCCUGAGGAGAAGGGCUUGGCCCAUGAGAGCGAUUUAUCUGUGCACUUGUUUGUCGCUGCCCUGUAUGCAGAAAUAUAUAUGUGUAUGUAUGACUUUAAUGCUGCUAACGGUGCAAGUAGAAAAGACCAAGAGGUCAGAUUAGUAGCUAUUUCUGAACUUUCGGUCAUUUGCUGGCAACCGUUUCGGUCAAAUGUACGUCAGAUUCCAAUUUGUGUGUGGGAUUUUGAGAAUCAACUGAGCUCCAGUGACUCUUCUGACUUUCAUUACCGUCCCUGAAUUGUUUGAAAUAAAGUUGACCUCAGCUUUUUUGAAAAGAAA